CAGAGGAGGAGUUACCUGGACACCAGUUGUCUUUGUUGCUCUCAUUGACUUACAUGAGAGAAGCAUGGAAGGACGAGCAGAAACACAGAUAAAAACAUCUGAAUACUAAGAUCAAGAAUAUUGAAUCCCAUUCAGAAAUCAGAGCAUUUACAUAAUGAUCACCCAGGCUUUAUCAAAGUGAAAGUAACUGAAAUGUGACUUAAAAACUGAUCUGACUGUGUGUUUGUAUGAGCCGAUUGAAAGAGGUCACAUGUUUAAGUCGUUGUAGUCGAUAUUUGUCACUGUUUUUCAAGAGAUUGUGGAACUUUUUCACAAUGAGGCGACUUUUAACGAGAAUCUUACACAGAGUUCUGCUGAGUGGGUUCACACCGGUGGGCCUGGAGGCAGAAAUACACACAGAAGGCCGAAGAAGGCUGGUGGUGGGGCUGGGUAACCCGGGGAUGGAGGGUACCAGACACAGCGUCGGCAUGGCGGUGCUCGGCGCGCUCGCCGCCCGCCUCGGCGUGGGCGACCGUUGGCGCGGCGACAAGCACGUGUCCGGUGAGGUCAUCGUGUCGGAGGUGCGACAAACCCACGUGGUGCUGCUCCGUCCGCGGCUGCUGAUGAACAUCAACGGAGUGUCGGUGGCCAAAGCCGCUGGUAAAUACGGAAUCAAGCCUGAAGACAUCCUGCUGGUCCACGAUGAGCUGGACAAACCUCUGGGGAAGGUCGUCAUCAAACACGGAGGAAGUGCCAGAGGUCAUAACGGAGUCCGCUCCUGUGUAGACUGUCUGCAGACGGAUGUGAUGUCCAGACUCCGGGUCGGGAUCGGCCGUCCGACGGGGAAAACGCCGGUGGAGCGCCACGUCCUGGGCCGGUUCUCCUCAGAGGAGAAGAAGGUUCUGGACUCGGUUCUGGCCCAGAGCGUGGACCUCCUCCUCUCCCAGCUCUCCCAGCAGGACUCCCAGCCUCCCUCCUCCUCCUCCUCACCAGCAGGGGGCAGAAGAGCGGCGGUGCAGAAGGGGGAGGAGAUGGAGCGCUCUUCUUCUCCGGCCGCUGAAGCUCAAAAAACAUGAACCUUCACAGAGAGAAGAUCUUCACUGAGACGGAACCGUUCUGCAGAACAUGAAGAACGGUCCCUCAGCAGGAGCAGAGGUCUGACUCCACAGAAAAUAGACCCAAAGCUGAAAAUGAACAGAUGCCAACUCUGUGUAUUUAUUACCUCCAGUGAGGAGGCUGUGAUGUGUCUGGUUGCCGGGUGACACUGAAACAUCAAAAACCUGCAAACAGGUUCAAGUAUAAAAUGUGGCGUUACGUUCAGCCAGAGGCGGAGUGAUACGUUUUCUAUGAAAGAUAUCUA